AUGAAGGGCCCAAAAUCAGCACUCAUGGGAAAAACAUCACCACCAAAAAAAGCUGUAACUAUCACCAACACUACAGCUAUUACAAAAAGAUUAACAGGAAUUGCUAAUAAAAUUAAUAUCAACACAACCACCACAAAUAAUAACGUUGUUAACAAUAUUUUAGAUAAUAAUUUGGAUGAUGUUGACGAAGGAUUUUAUACAUUAGAUGAAAAGACUCCAAAAAUCGACUACUUAACACGACUCCCUUACGAAAUGGCAUCAUAUAUAUUACUAUAUAUUGAUUUACAAACAUUAUGUAGAAUGUCACUUGUAUCUCGUACCUGGUAUCGUAUAUCAAGAGAUAAUGAAAUAUGGCGUAGAAAAUUUUUAUCAAACGAAGGAUGGAAAGUGAAUAUUCCAAAAGAAAUUUUAAUAUCUGGCGGAAUUGAUUGGAAGUUACUAUACAAGAAUAGAUAUACGCUAUCAUUGAAAUGGAAGAAAGGCGAAUGCGAAAAAAAAUAUUUGAAAGGUCAUAUAAUGAAGCUGAAUGGUCACUCAGCAGGUGUUUUAGAUAUAUGUUUUGAUGAUAAUUAUAUUGUAUCAUGUUCAAAAGAUUGCACAAUAAAAGUAUGGAAUGUUAUUACUGGGGAAUUAAAAAGAACAUUAUAUGGUCAUUUCGGUCCUGUGAAUGCUAUACAACUUAAAGAUAAUAGAAUUAUAUCAGCUUCUGGCGAUGCAUUAAUAAAAUUAUGGGAUCUAAAUACCGGUGUAUGUAUAAGAGAUUUUGUUGGUCAUACACGCGGGCUAGCAUGCGUACAGUUUGAUGGUAGAUGGGUGGUGUCAGGAUCAAAUGACAAAACCAUCAAAAUAUGGGAUGUGGAAACUGCUCAGUGUGUACGUACACUUGAGGGUCAUACCGAUCUGGUAAGAACUUUACAUUUUGAUGAGAAUAUGGUUAUCAGCGGAAGUUAUGAUCAAACUGUUAAAGUAUGGGAUCUUAAAACUGGUAAACAACUAUUGGAUUUUCAUGAAGGUCAUACCAGUUGGGUGUUUGAUGUACAAUUCAACAGGACCAAAAUUGUUAGUACAAGCCAAGAUAAGAAAAUAUUAAUGAUGAAUUUUGCUGAAGAUUUAGAUACAAAAUAUUUAUUAUGA